AUGAAGUUUGGAUGUUCUGAAUUUCAUAAAAUUUCUCGCAAAACUGCUCGAAGUGAUUGCUUGGCAAUAUAUGAGGCUGAAAAGAAACAAUUGAAGGCUUUGUUACAAGGUGUUAGGAAGAUAAGUUUGACAACUGACAUGUGGAGAUCAAGCCAUCAAAUUGUUGAAUAUAUGGUUAUCACAGGUCACUUUAUUGAUGCAGGGUGGAAUCUUCAAAAAAGGGUUUUGAGUUUUGUUCAGGUACCUGCUCCUAGACGUGGCAUUGAUGUUGUGGAUGCUAUUCUCAAGUGGCUCUUAAAGGAUACUAUUUCAGAUAACAACUCAUUACCUGUUGGUGGUAGUUUGUUUUAUAUUAGGUGCUGUGCACACAUUCUGAAUUUGUUGGUACAAGAUGGGCUAGGUAAAAUUAAAGGUAUUAUUCAGAAAGUUUGUGAGAGUGUCAAGUAUGUCAAUUUUAAUGAUUCAAGAUUUAAAACAUUUCUUGAGAUUGCUGAAAACAAGCGUUUGAAGGAGAAAAAAUUCAUCAUUGAUUGUCCCACAAGAUGGAAUUCUACUUACAAUAUGUUAUCUGUGGCUUUGAAGUUUAAAUUUGUGUUUCCUGUGUAUAAGAAAAGAGAACCCCACUACAAUUACGAACCAUCAUCAGAGGAUUGGAGAAAAGUUGAGAAGAUUUGUAAACUUUUAAAAGUUUUUAAUCUUGCUACUCAUGUCAUUUCUGGUAGUGAGUAUCCUACUGCAAACUUGUACCUUCCUGAAGUUUGGAGAGUGAAACAAGUAAUUGAUGAUGCUAUUGAAGAUAGAGAUUCCUUCAUGAGAGAAAUGGCAACCUAA